AUGCUGAGAUCGAGAGCUACUAUUAAUUGUGUGAAAAGCGGGAGAGCGGGCCGCGCGCUGAGUCGCGGAAUGGCGACUUUUGAGGGCCAGCCCGCUGCGCGGCCUAACAGGCUCAGCAAGCUGCUUGUGCGAGUCGGAUUGGCUACUGUGGGAUUCUAUGUUGGAGGUGUGACGCUGUCGCUCAACAAUGACCAGUUUGGGGAGCUGUUCUGCGACAAUGUGCCGUUGGCCGAGUCGCUGGUGGAGAUGUAUGAGGAGUUCCGUGACGAGAAGAUGCAGGCGUCGCGCAUGUCGCUGGACGAGCUGAAGCAGAAGUUCGGGGAGCUCGGGACCAAAGUGGACCGGAUCCCCAACCGCGGCGCGGACCCCGCGCUCACCUCUCAGGCGGUCGCGGCGCUGCCCGCAAGCAAGGAGGUGCGCCUGGAGGACGAGUCUCUUGUGAAGCUCCGGCUGCCAGAGGUUGAACAGCUUGGCAGCUGCAAGCGCGCUACUCCUCUAGUGGAAAGCGUCAACGCGGCCGUUGCGGCUGUGAAUGAGCAGUCGUUGCUCCUGCCGGAGGACACCUACAACGCGGUGCAUGACGCCUUUACCAAGCUGAAGUCCGCGCUCCAGGCGAUCAACGAGGACAUCAGGACCAAUGUGGCCGAAUCUGUCGCUGUACAGUAUGGACAAGCUUCCAAGGACCUCCACGAGAGCUUUGAGAUUAGGGCCAAGUCCCGUGAGGUCGAGCUAACGCAACAAUUCUUGAACGAGUUCAACGCCUUCAAAGCUCAGCUUGAGAAGCACUCCUCUGAGGAGCUCGCCUCUGCUUUGAAGGCCAACGAGCAAGCACUGCUUGCCAAGCAGUCAAACGAAGUGGCGCUGCUUUCUAUGAAACAGGUGGAGGAGUUCACGAAGAUACUCAGCGAGAAGUUGGACCAGGAGAGACAGGGAAGGCUUUCCAAACUCGAGGCCCUCAACGGCAGCGUGCAGGAGCUGGCUGAGGCUGUUGACCAGGUUGACACUCUCGUCAUGAAGAGCGAGGUAUUGAGUCAGCUUUCAUUGCUGACCACACUUUUGAAAAACAAACUACACGCAGGCGACGAGAGCAGCGUGAAGAUCGACUCAGAGCUGGCCAGGCUCAAGACCUUGUGUGACAUUCUGCCAGGUAGACCCUCAAAGUGCUGCUCCAAAAACCCACAGCUUCUGGACGUGGUGGUGUCGCAACUCGACUCACUGGCCUCGCAGCAGCUAAUCCUCUCCAACGAGCAGCUCUACAACAGAUGGACUCUUCUGCAAAAAGACCUCUCCACCUCAUCCCUGUUGCCACCAAACGCAGGAAUUCUCGGCCAUAUCUCGGCCAAGAUAUUCGGCUUUUUCCUGUUCAAUAAGAACGGCGCGCCAGUUGACAACGACAUAGACAGUGUGAUCGCGCGCGUCGGCCAAAACUUGAGGCUCUCCAAGCUCGACAAGGCCGUGGAAGAAGUGGUCGCGUUGAAGGGCUGGCCUCGUGUUCUCUGCGACGAAUGGGUCCAAGAAGCUAGAAAGAAGCUAGAAAUUGAGACUCUGAUCGACGCCCUCGAUUGUGAAAUCAGAAGUUCAUGA